AUGGCGGGAUUUAACAAGACCUUAGCAGCGGACGAAAAUCUGUCAUAUUUUCGAAGAGGAAGUUUACAAGAAAUUGAGCAAAUCACCUGGGACGAUGCUACGUGGAUCCUCACCAGUUCCUUUAUUAUUUUCACGAUGCAGUCAGGGUUUGGGUUGCUUGAGUCGGGAGCAGUUCAUGGAAAGAAUGAAGUGAAUAUAAUGGUGAAAAAUGCAGUGGAUGUCAUAUUUGGCGGAAUAACAUUUUGGAUGGUGGGCUUUGGACUCGCCUUUGGCGAUGGACCCUGGGCAAACCCAUUCUGUGGAAUUGGAUAUUUCUUGGUGGAUUCGGAUGAAAGCAAAAUGGGGUGGACAUUUGCCUGGUUCACUUUCCAGAUGUCUUUUGCGACUACCUCUACAACCAUCGUUUCCGGAGCCAUGGCGGAAAGAACCAAGCUGCUUUCGUACAUUGUGUUUUCAACUUUCAAUACCUUCAUUUACUGUUUUCCGACUCACUGGUUGUGGUCUCCUGUGGGCUUCUUGCAGCAGUUGGGCGCGAUAGAUUUCGCGGGUUCUGGCGUUGUCCAUUUGGUAGGGGGAACGACCGGAUUGGUGGCAACUCUCAUGCUAAAACCGCGUAUAGGGCGUUAUGAGCCAGACUACAAAAAUGAUAUGGCUAAUCCGACAAACGCACUGCUUGGCUUGUUCAUGCUUUGGUGGGGUUGGUUAGGCUUCAACUGUGGCAGUACCUUCGGUAUAUCAGGUGGGAAAUGGAAACUAGCGGCAAGGUCUGCCGUUGUCACUGUCAAUGGAUCGGCAGGCGGGGGCGCAGUGGGCAUCUUUUUGAGCUACAUCUUUCGACAACGUAAACUUGACAUUGGCGAUCUUGUAAAUUCUGUGCUUGGUGCGUUAGUGUCAGUGACAGCUAUUUGUGGCCUUGCUCGCCCAUGGGAGGGUUUGAUAAUAGGCAUGCUAGGCGGUGGGAUAUCAGUACUGUUGCCUAAAGCCUUGGACAAGAUGAAAAUAGAUGAUCCCGUCGGUGUAGUGUCCGUCCAUGGCGUAUGCGGUGUAUGGGGACUACUUAGCGUCGGACUAUUUGUGGAUCAGGAUAAUAUCCAGAACCUUACUUACGGGAGAAAAGGUGCCUUCCGUGGAGGCGGCUUUUAUUUGCUUGGAGUACAAACAUUGGCAGCGGUUGUCAUAAUUGUCUGGAGCGCCGUAACGUCGUUUCUUCUCUUGAAGGUACUACUCAGAGUGACCGAAGAGGAAGAACUACUGGGUGCCGACUACGUGGAACAUGGCAUUGGCAGGAAGGAACUGGUCAUCACUCCGGUCCGUCAUUUUUCGACGGCAAGUAGACGCACUACGAGUGACCAGGAGUACGUCGUGCGUAGGCGUAGCGCGUUCGGUCUCAGUCGACCAAUAGAAGUGGCAGCCAUAGAAGGUGAAGUAUUCAGCUGCAUUGGCAUAGAGAAAGACAUUGCAGAGACUCAGUCACUGGAUCAAAGUUGCUCCAAGAAGGAGACCGUUUCAAAAGCACCGCUGCAAAGACAUUUUAGAAUAAGACCAAUGGUUUCGGAUGAUGACAUCUACAAUUCGUCAGAUGUCACGAACAACGAAACCGCUCGAGAAACGAGCCAUAUCAUGUAA